AUGACUUGGGUGUCGUUCCUUCGCGAUGAGCGCAUCAUCCUUGUGGGCAUCGGCGCCGCUACGUUCGGCUUGGUCACUAUGAUGACCCAAAUGUUGACGUAUAUCCGCGACGACAACGAAGUCAAGGUCACACCACCGAAGACGCAAUACAUCACUCAAGAAACGGAGGAUGCUCUCGGACUCGAUACUCUCGACAAGCUGUUAUGCCAUCCAAACUUCUCCAUUCGCGAUGUCGCCAUCAAAAUACUUUGUGAUCGCGCCGUCAACGAUCCCGACACUGUCCGACACCUGCUCUUCGGGAUCACGCGGCCGGACUACGACACUCGCAUGAAGAAUCUCCGUGCCAUGGCAACAUUGACGGGGCAAACUAAUGAUUUUGCAGAGGGUCUCUCGAAGCUGCACACGUGGAGGGCAUACACUGCCCUCGUCAGAUCCCUCGAGUUGAGCCUAGGCGACGUGGAACAAACGAAGCUGGACGAUAAAUACUGGGACGAAUACUAUCUCCGCGAUAUGGCCGAACGGUUCUGCCUCAUGUUCGUCCUCGAACUUAUCACUAAGUACGGUGCAGAUAUGUUGGUGAAGGCCAAGUUCGUGGAGAAGUGGCUAGCUAAGCAAUACUGGGGAGAUGACGAAGCCGAGCGGCAGGAGAACUUCAUCUACUACAUGGAACACAAGAACAACCGCAUCGUUGACAUUGUGACGAGGAUCGCACACACAACGCAGGGAGCAAAGGCAAUCCUUGCCUGCAAUCUUGUUCCCGCCAAGACCAGUCCUAGUAUGAACCCAGAUCCUAACCUGUCUGGCUUCACCGUUGUGUUGCAGUCCACGCUGUGCAACGUGGACGGCGAAGACGAAGGACUACAAGCGGUGGAGCAAGUGCCUCGUACACGAGAGCACUCGGCCGAGGAACAGCGUCUCAGGCGCCAACACCGUGAGGCGAUGGUGUUUAACGAUGGCACACGGCCCAUUGGAAGGGAGGAUAUCAUUGAGAGGAGCCACGAUUCGCCGAGCUGA